UAGCAAAGGACAUCAGCGACACACGACACAAGAUGCCAGGCAGACUCAUUUCUUGGCCAGAGUGGCCCGAGUUCACCCCUACCAAGGCUGAAGGGGGAGAUGACCUUAUCGGAUACAAGAAAGCGAUAGUCGACAAGUACGGCAAGGACGCCAUUGUCCAGAGCUGGCUGAAGGUGUGCAAGGAGUUGGAGUCUGUCACUGACAACAUCGCGUCCCAAGGCAGCGCCGCCAUCCCAGAGCUCCAAUUUGACGACCUCUUCUCCUUGAGUCCGGAGAAGAAGACCCAGCUCAAGAACACCGGAUGCUUCGUUGUCCGAAACGUCUUCAGCAAGGAGCAAGCAGACCAGUGGUUCUCGGACCUCAAAGAGUAUGUCGCCGCCAACAGGUCGUCGAUUAAAGGCUGGCCCGUCGAGACCCCGUUCAUCCUCAACCUAUACUACUCACCAACUCAGAUCGCUGCCCGCUCACAUCCCAACCAGCUAAAGCUGUCUGAGGAGCUCAACUCUUGGUGGCACGACGACACGGGCAAGACCUCGCCCGAGCCCCUGUCCUAUGCGGACGGUGUCCGCAUCCGUCCUCCAGGGGUUCAAUUCCGAGGUCUCGGCCCUCACAUCGACGCCGGCAGUCUCUCUCGAUGGGCCGACCCAACCUACCAAUCCGUCUACUCGGCCGUCUUCUCAGGCCACCCAGAACACCUCGACAACUAUGACCUGACCAUCCGCAAGAACGCCAACCAAGCCCUAUUCCCUGGCUCCGCACAUUCCAGAGUCUUCCGCAGCUUCCAGGCCUGGACGGCCCUGACGUCCGCAGGCCCCGGCGAGGGAUCGCUGAUGCUGUACCCCAACGUCAAGUACACCAUCGCAUACCUGUUGCUGCGCCCAUUCUUCCAGGCCCCAUCGUCCGAAGAGGACGUCAUGGACGCCAGCAAAUGGACCUUCGACCCCGAGAGCCCUUGGUUCCCAGGCACAUUCCGCAUGGACAGCCAAUUGUUGUCCCCCAGCUCGCAUCCUCACCUGCGCCUGCGCGAGUGCAUGGUCAGCGUGCCGCACAUGAACCCCGGCGACACCGUCUGGUGGCACGCCGACAUGUGCCACGCCGUCGAGGUCGAGCACGAAGGCGACCACGACGCGAGCGUCACGUAUAUCGCCGCCACACCCCGGACGGAGCAGAACAUGAGCUACGUCAAGGGUCAAUUGGAGGAUUUCUUGAAGGGUGUUCCACCCGAGGACUUCCGAAAGGGUCCUCGCGAGAAGGACUUUAAGCUGUUCACUGGCGAGAAGGGCAUUUUGAGUGGUGAGGCGGGCAGACGGGCUUUCGGGUUCGAUUUGAUCUCUUCCUAGUCUAAAAAAUGUAUAGCAUAUAAAAUUUACAUAGCAUAGCAUGUUGUGUACGGAGUAUUUUGACUUAGCUCAUUCAGAUUGGGCGCACUCUAUUACUACUAGGUAGUUGUCGAAAAACUUAGCCUGUACUGUACGAAACA